AUGGGGCUGGAAUGGAACUCGGGCAUGCAGCUGGCCUGCGCCAUGUGGGCAUUGACGGCCAUGUCCCUGGCCCUGGUAGGGCUGCGGCUGUACACGCGGAUUCGCAUCAUCAAGUUCGUCGGCGCCGAGGACCACAUGUACGCGUGGACGGGCCUGUUCCUGCUCCUCUUCACCUGCUCGAUCCAGGUGGGCGUGCAGCGCGGGCUGGGCCGCAGCUUCUGGAGCCUGGGGCUCGACGACUCGAGCGACGCCAUCUUUUGGACCUACGUCGCAAACACCUUUGCCAUCACCGGCAACGCCAUGGCCAAGCUGUCCAUGGGCCUCUUCCUCCUGCGCGUCGUGCAGAUCACCUGGCAGCGCGUGGCCCUCUGGGUCCUCAUCGCCAUCACCGCCGGCACCUCCAUCGCCCUCACCAUCAUGCUGUGGAACCAGACCACCCCCGUCAAGGCGAGCUGGGACCCGCUGAGGACGCCGGGGACUUGGAACAUACAGAUCCAGCCGUUGAGUGUCGGCCUUGGAGCUUGGUCGAGUGCCUGUGAUUUCUUCUUUGCCAUCUUUCCGUGGCUGUUCAUCUGGUCAUUGCGCAUGCCGCAGAGAGAAAAGCUGAUGCUCGCCGGAGGCAUGAGCCUGGGUGUCAUCGCUGGAGUCUGCGGCAUCGUCAGGACGGUGGUCCUCUCCAGACUCGAGGUACUAAACUACACGUUGAACUUUGUCCCCUAUUUCGGCUGGGCCGGCGCCGAGAUCGCCGUCGCCAUGUUCUGCAUCGGCAUCCCGACGCUGCGACCGCUAUACAUGAAGAAGCGACACGGCGUGACGCACGAGACGGUCAGCAACAUGAACCGAAGCGGCCAGCCCCCGACGGGCCAGAGCGACGACAGGCUGCCGCGCUUCACCAUGAUCCAAACCAAGCAAGAAAAGGGGGGCGAUCUGGGCGGCAGCAACACGACCCACCCCUCCACCAUCCCGACCACCUCGACGACGUGCUCCUCGGAGCACGACCUGGAGGCCAACAACACGGCCCUCGACGACAGCAGGGUCCUGGCCGCAGCCGCAGCCGCCAUGUCCAAGCCGAUCGACCUAGAAAGCCGCGCCGCGUCCCCGGCCGGCAGGGACUACCAUCACCACCACCACAACGGGCCCGUCAGCCCGACGACGCUGCAGGCCAUGAGGCUGGCGGCGUUUACGCGCUUCCCCGACGCCGGGGGCCACAUGCCGCCGCCCGCGCGGCCGGUGGCGGCACACGUGCGCAGCGCGUCCAACAAUGCAGUCUACUACGGCCACGGCAGGCGGCGCGAUGACGACCUCCGGCCGGCCACCUCGCACUCCCGCAGCUACAACGGCAGCGUCGCGAGCAGCCACACCAGCCACGACAGGCUGCGGCGCGACGACAGCGUCGAUCUGAUCCUGGGCCUGUACGACCACAACCAGCGGCCCCAGGGCGCGAGGCCGCCGAACGGGCCCCCCGGCGACAGGCGCGGGAUAUGGAUCACCAGCGAGGUGCACGUCGGGAGGGAGGAUAAUAUCAACUGGCCACUGAGGAGUUGA